AUGGCCCUCCACGAUGGCGACCUCAAGCCCGUGCGGCCGAUGUUCGAGCUCACGGGCCGCAACUACAUCGUCACGGGCGGCGGGCGAGGCAUCGGGUACGCCAUCACGCGCGCCAUCGCCGAGAUGGGCGGGAACGUCGUCGUGUUCGAUCUCUUAGACAAGCCGGUGUCGGAUUUCGACACGCUCGAGAGCGAGUUCGGCGUCAAGGUCAAGUACAUCCGCGCCGACGUGACGAGCGACGACAGCCUGAGGUCAGCGUUUGCUCAGGCAAUGGAGACACUGGGCACUCUGGACGGGUGCGUGACAGCGGCGGGUAUUGCCCCCGAAGGACCGUUUCUCGAGCAGGACUGGAACACGAUGAGAAAAGUGAUGGACAUCAAUGUCAAUGGGACAUACUUCACCGCACAGUUGGCGGCGCAGCAGAUGCAGAAACAAGGCACUGGAGGGAGUUUGAUAUUGAUUGCGUCCGUGUGCGCGCACGUCGCACUCCCACGCACGCUGUUAUCCGCGUAUAACGCCUCCAAAGGGGCCGUCAAGAUGCUGAGCACGGCGUUGGCGGUCGAGUUGGCUCCUCUCAACAUCCGGUGCAACAUCAUCUCGCCCGGGUACAUCCAGAGCGACAUGACCAAAGGUUUGCGCGAAAAGAACCCCGAGCUGGCCGACAUCAUGGAGAAUGCACCACCUCUGCGACGCAUUGGGAACCGCAACGACCUGACGGGGGCGGCUGUGUACUUGUUGAGCGAUGCUUCGGCUUAUACCACGGGCGCGGAGAUCCUCGUUACCGGUGGAAUGCACGCCGGAAGGGUAACCACAGACUGA